CUUGAGUAAUUCUUUUUCAGAUGCUUUGGACCAUGACACAUAUUUCUGUAGGUCAUGUAUUUUUUGGACUUUCUCUUCGACCUGUCUUUUAUUGAGACUCUUCCUUCCUUCCUGAUGGGAUUUGUUUACUUUUCUCUGAGGUUGUUGUUUUAGUUUCCCCCAUUUUUUUCAAUAGGAAAUCGAGGAUAAAUUUCAUUUAGUGAUCAUGGCUCAAAAAUGGUGGAGCCACCCACUCUUAAUCUUCCUGAUGAAGUCACUUUUACUAUGCAAGCUGGAUUAGUUAAAGAUUCUCUUACUGUUGAUGUGGGUGAUUUGAAUUUAAAAAGCCUCAAAGAUUUAGCUGUGAAUUUUAUUGACAGAAGGUUUCCUGAACACAGUUUGAAGAGAUUAAAUGAACGACUUCUAUUGUUUCGUCAUGACUAUGGCUCUACAAACAUAUUAUUGCCAAUCAAUGCUGCUUCAGAAGUUACUGAAGGAACAUUAGUUGAAAUUGUUGUAUCAGGAAAAGAUCCUAGUGACGAUAUUCAAAUAAUGCCUCAUUAUGUCACUGUGCAUUCGUACAAGACUCCAACAUUUUGUGAUUUCUGUGGUGAAAUGCUAUUUGGUCUUGUUAGGCAAGGUCUCAAAUGUGAAGGUUGUGGAUUAAACUUUCAUAAACGUUGUGCUUAUAAGAUUCCAAAUAAUUGUACUCACACUCGUAGACGUCGGUCUGCUACAUCCCUGUAUCCUCGUAGUCCAACAGAAUCAUUGGGACACACUACAAGCAGUGCUGCAAGUUUUGCAGACGAUACAUUUUUGGGAGGAACGUCUCCAAGCCGUGCAAGAUCACCCUCUCUCAAUAUGGGACGCCCUGCCUGGGUGGAACGAGAGCUUGCUGGCCGCAUCAGGGUCCCUCACACUUUUGUAGUUCACUCAUAUACUAGACCCACUGUCUGCCAACAUUGUAAAAAGCUAUUAAAAGGAUUGAUACGCCAAGGACUGCAAUGCAAAGACUGCAAAUUCAAUGUUCACAAAAAAUGUAUGGAUAGAGUACCUAUGGAUUGUGCAGGAGAAGCUCCAAAAGAAUGGGCAACUGAUGCUAGUCGCAAUGGCGAAGAGCAUGUGGGCGAACAAGAAAGCAUUGAAGAUGAAUCUGACACUGAAAAUGAAGCGAAUGAAAAGCUAAAUGAAUCCUGUGAGAGUCAAGAUAAUCAAGAUGAGGAUUCCAAAGCACCAGCAGAGGUGACUUCAAGUAAUAAUAUCCCUCUAAUGAGAAUAGUACAGAGCAUAAAACAGAUGAGAAGAAAAGGAUCAAAAAUUCUCAAAGAAGGAUGGAUGGUUCACUUCACAAGCAAAGACAAUAUGAAACACAAACUUGGGUUUACUAGUUUUUGCCCAGUUAAGAAAAAACGUCAUUACUGGAGACUAGAUACCAAGUCCAUCAUUCUUUUUCAAAAUGAGACUACCACAAAAUAUUAUAAAGAGAUUCCUUUGUCUGAAAUUCUCUCUGUUGAAGCCACAAAGCAGCAGCAGAGUUCAGAGUCUGGUCAAACUUACUGCUUUGAGUUGAGAACAGCCAAUGUUGAUUAUUACAUUGGUGAAGAUAUGGACAUGUCCAGAGGAUGGGAAGUAGCUAUUAGGCAAGCUUUAAUGCCUGUUAAUGCUCCUACUACUAUCACUCUUAUCAAAGAAGCCAAAAGUCCUCAAAGUGACGAGAAUGGCAAGGUAGAAAAUAUUGAACAAAACAUUGAUAUAAGCUUACAGUAUCAAAUAUUCCCAGAAGAAGUUUUGGGUUCUGGACAGUUUGGUGUAGUAUAUGGAGGUGUUCAUCGAACUAGUGGCAGAGCUGUAGCAAUUAAAGUGAUAGACAAGGUUCGCUUUCCUACGAAACAAGAAGCUCAAUUAAAAAAUGAAGUAUCUAUUUUACAGAAUAUUCAUCAUCCUGGAGUAGUUAAUCUUGAAAAAAUGUUUGAAACACCUGAAAGAAUAUUUGUUGUGAUGGAGAAAUUGAAAGGUGACAUGCUAGAGAUGAUCCUUUCAAGUGAAAUGAGGAGGUUAUCUGAAAGAAUAACAAAGUUUUUAGUUUUUCAAAUAUUAUCGGCUUUACGACAUCUUCACUUUAAGAAUAUUGUUCACUGUGAUUUAAAACCAGAAAAUGUGCUUUUGUCUUCAGAUUCAGAUUUUCCACAAGUUAAACUUUGUGAUUUUGGAUUUGCCCGCAUUAUUGGAGAGAAAUCUUUUCGAAGAUCUGUAGUAGGAACACCUGCUUAUUUAGCCCCUGAAGUAUUACGGAACAAAGGCUACAACAGAUCUUUAGAUAUGUGGUCUGUAGGAGUUAUUAUUUAUGUUAGCUUAAGUGGAACAUUUCCUUUUAAUGAAGAUGAAGACAUUAAUGAUCAAAUACAGAAUGCAGCUUUUAUGUAUCCUCCAUCACCCUGGAAAGAAAUAUCUCCAGAAGCUAUUGACUUAAUUAAUAAUCUUCUCCAAGUGAAAACUAGGAAGCGAUUUACGGUUGACAAGUCUUUGGCUCAUGCAUGGCUUCAAGAUUAUCAAACUUGGUGUGAUCUCAGAGAACUUGAAAGCCAAGUUGGAUGGCGUUAUUUGACGCACGAAUCCGACGAUGCGAGAUGGGAAGCUUACCGCCUUGAGCAUAACUUACCCCCUCCUCCAGCUGUUCCCCAAGAGAGAAUGACUGACCGCUUACCUCGAGUUCCAUCCAAGCUGAUGCCCUGUCCAGAAGCUAAAAAAGAAGAAGAAACAAACAAUAACCUCUUUGGGAGAAUUCGCCUUUAAAGCACAAAAGUGCAAUAAACAAUGCCAACUACUGCAGCACUGUUUUCACACGCCAAUUAACAUGCUGCAGAUAAUUGUUUUGAGUUAAAUUGUUUGGAAUUUAAUAAGUUUCAAAACGUUUAAACAUUUGAAGUAUUCAUUUUUAUGACUCUUAAAGGGUAAUUGAAGUACAGUGUGCAAAAAAAAAAAAAAAAAUUUGAAAUGAAACACCAGGAUCUGAUGAUCAGAUUUUCAUUUACUAACAUGCAAUCUUGUCUGUUUUAACGUGCUUAUUAGUAAAUGAAGAUAAUCUUUCAGGUUAUGAAAUCAAUGAUGAAUCUAGUUUUUAAUCCUAAAAAAUAUUUUGAGUAGCUGCAGACUGAAACACAUAGGUUCAGAUUUUUAACUAAUUUUCUAACUAAAUUGCAUUAACCAUAUUUUACAGUACAUAGGUUCAUAGUUUGAGGAUCAACAAUGCUAAUCUGUUACAACAAUGCUAACCUGCUGCACAACAAUGCUAAAAUGUUAGUUGAGAAAUAAACCUGUUAUAAUUAUCAAAUCUGUUAUAAUUAAUCUGUUAUAAUUAAUCUGUUAUAAUUAUUUUAAUUUAUUUUGCAAUAUGAAAUAUUGUCUGGAGUAUAUUUUUCAAGCUAUAUAUUAUAUUUUUAGAGCUACUUCUCAAAUCAUUAAGAUUGUAUCUCAGUAUGCUAAAUUCUGUUCAUUUAGAUCAAAAGCUAUUUAUAAUAUAUUUUUUUGCACACUGUACUCUUAUGUGAAGUUAUAUUGCAGUUAAUAUUCUUGUAUGUAACUGCAGAAAGUUUUAUAAAAAUUCCUAAAUUUAUUAAAUUGCUCGUGAUGCGAAUUUUUCAUUUGUUAAGAAUAAUAUGUAUAAAUAUUAAUGAGUUUUUAAUUAUAUGAAAUUUUUAAACUAAGAAACCUACUAACACUUAUUUUAUUCUUAUUUUUAAUGAAAAAAAGUGAAAUUUUUCAGGUAUUGUGUGUUCAAAACAGCGGUUCCCAAAAAGGUGUUCCGCCAAAUGGUUCCAAAGGUUAUAACUUUUUUUUUUCAAAUCAGUAAUGAUUUUUGAAACCUGCAAUUAUAUUUAUAGCCACUCAACAAUCCAUUUAUUUAAUAUUUUGGUUAUUUUAAUGAAAUUAUUUAGGCAAAAUAUCAGUCAAAGAAAAUAGUAUUUUUAAUAAAAUAUUUUUUAAUAGCAAUAUAUUGAAUGAAUCAAAAGAAUAUCAACAUUUAUGGAAAAAAUGUACAAACAUUUCCCAUCAAACUUUUCAAUUCAAAGUAAAUAACAAAAAUUCAACAAUAAAAAAAAUGUUUGUCUCUUUUAACCAUUCUCAAUGUUUGUAAUGAUUGUAUAACUAUUUAUUUACAUUUAAACAAAAACCGUUAUCCAGCAUAUUUUAUUAAUUUUUAUACACCUAAAACAAAUUCUGAACUAGACUAGAUUCCGCUCCAGUCUAAAUUGUUUAAAAUAAAACCUAAUUUUAGAAUAAUAUUCAUAAAAGAUGAAAAAAUCAACGUUAAUAUUUUGAAAAUGAUUAAAAUUAUUUAUUGAAUGAUUGUUUAUUAUUAUUAUAGUAGUAUAUUAUAUAGUAGAUUAGUGUUUAUUAUUAUUAUAGUAUUAAUUUAGUUAAUGAUUAGUGUUUCUUUGGUUAAGAUGUUUGCAAUUACUUAUGAAUUACAUUUGCUAAUUGAGGCUCCUGCCAAAAGAAAGACGAUUAUGUAGUCUUCUGUACCCAGAAAAAAUUGGGAACUGCUGGUUUAAAAGGGAGUAAUUGCCUUAAAAAUUUCUAUGCUGGAGUUUUUCAUGAAAUAUUUAGUAAAUUUGAAAGUUUAAAUGAAUUUAUUUUCACUUAAGAAACAAAAUAAAACAUGAAAUUCUUUUUAAAUUCAAAUGCUAAAGAAGCUGUUAUAUGCUAGAAUAUCAUGCAUAAUAAAAGUUAAAUCUUUUCCUUUUUUUGUUUAGAAAUGAGUGGAAAAGUUCUAAAUGCUGUAAGCGAAAAAUUAACAGUUUUAAAUCCUGACAGGAUUAAAUUUAAUAACCAGUUUUUGUUAUCCCUUAAUUUCAUUUACUUUUUAUUGCUGUAAAUUUUUGAUCACAAAAAAUAAGUUAAGUUUUUUAUAAGUCUGUUUUAAGCAGCUAAAUAUUAAGUUUUUAAGAUAGUUGGCAUACUUUUUGUUUCCUUUUCACGAUUAUUUUUCUAAAUAAGCAUUUCUUCAUUAGAAAUAUUUCCUGGUCAUAUAUUUAAACACACAUAAAUCAAAGUGUGACUGGUUUAAAGUAAUUUUUGUAAAUACAUGUAACAGGAAUUUUUAUCUCGAUCAUUUCUUUGUUUAUAGGGUUUGUUAAUCUCUUUUAAUAAUGUGUUUCAGUUUUUAUACUUUAUUUUAAAACAUUCCACAAAAUUAUGCUCCAUCAAAACAUUUCUAUUACUUAAAAAAAUGAUGGAUUGUGAAAAUUUUUUUUAUGACUGUCUUAAUGAGUGUAUAAUACUUUCAAACAUAUAGUUUAAAUACUAACCUAAAUUGGACAGUUUGAAACAUUUUUAUUAAAGUUAGAAUAUUGUUGAUUAUGUCAAUCCUAGGAAACGGUUUGAAUAUCAAAUAUGCACAUUAAAUAAGUUAGUGUUUUUUUUUCUAAUAAAAAAAAAGUAUGGGUUCAAGUCUUAAUAAUUAUUAGAUCUUAAAAUAGCCAAUUUUAAAAUUGUUUGAUUUACUUCAUUAUUAUUAUUAUUGUUUCAUACAUUAAAACCAGUUUCUGCUAAUGAACAAAAUAAUAAAUUUAUCAAGUUAGAAAAAUGAACAAAAAAUUUUAUAACUUAAAUUGUUUAUCCUUAUUCAACUUUUAGUGAUUAAUCUCAUGCAAUUCAAGAAUUAGAAACUUUAUUCUGAAUUUAACAUGUAAAAAAAAAUUAUGUAAUAGCUAAAUCCUUGAUAUAAUAAAUCAUUCACAUUAAUUUUAUGGUAAUUUGUUCACUUUUGUUUGCAAAUGUAGAAAGUGUAUUAAACAUUUCCUAAAAUAUAUUUAUGGUAUUUAAACUGACCUCAAUUUAAUAUAUUAAAUAUUAAUUUUUUAUUAUUAUAUUUGUUUAUUUGAAUUUUUUUUUAUAUUUUUGAAAAAUCAUUGAGUAUAGUUCAACUCUAUAAGUUGUUAAAAUGUGUUAUUUGAGUCCACUUUAAGGAAAAUAUUGUAAAUAUCAAUUAUGAAGCACAAAGUAUGAUACUAUUGGUUAGUUUAUGAUAGGACAUCGAAAAUGGUGCCAGAAUUUUGCUACAAAAAUUAAUGCUUAGGGAAAUAAUUCCCAUUGUUUACUCAAUUGCAGUGCACUUAGUAACAGAAAAAAAAGCACUUUCAACUGUACCUUUGAAAAUAGAGAAUUCCUCUUUCAAAAUUAGAUACCUGUUGUAUUUUAAUAAAUGCCAUAGUUUAAAUAUGCUUAAGCAAUACAAAUUUGCUCAGCAAAAUAGAGCAUCUUGUGAUAUAAAUAACUCUUUUUUAAUUCACUUCAAAUAGAUGUACUUGUAAUUUUUUCAAAACCAACAUUUAAAUCUUCGAGACAGUUAUUCAAACUAACAGUUUAUAUCCUAGAGAGCUGAAUUUUUAGAUCCUAGAGACUGUCAAUCAAACUGAUUUUUUGGAUGCUAGAGACCGUUAUUCAACUGAAUUGUUCAUGUCUUUAAGGCUGUUAUUCAAACUAAUUGUUUUUAUCCCAGAGACAAUUAUUCCAACUAAUUGUUUAUAUUCCAGAGACAAUUAUUCCAACUAAUUAUUUAUCCUUGCAACCGUCAUUUAAACUAAUUGUUUAUAUUUUAAAUGCAGUUAUUUAAACAUUUUGUUUAUAUCCUUGAGCCAGUUACUCAAACUUAUGGGAGUACCAGAUUAUGUGAACAUUAUAUUAAAUGUAUUAGGAAGUUUUUUAUUUCUUCUAACCGCAGCUAAUUUGGAAAUUUUUCUGUGUCAAAACUGAUUCUCCAUAUUAUGCUCAAAGUUUUCAGCAUUUCUAAUCAACUCAAAAUUUAAAACUACAGAAAUGAAAAAAUGUUUUAAGUUUGGUCUGUAUUUGAAUAACAAUAAUUCUGAAAAUACACUGCCCCAUGGUAUGCCCAGUUCAUGCAUAGCUUUCUGGAGGAAAUACCUAUUAAUACAAUCAUAUGCAGUUUUGAAAUCUAUGAAAGGGUUAUUCUGUAUUCUCUGCACUUUUCCAAAAACUGUCUUAGGCAGAAGAUCUGCUUGACUGUCAAUCUCUUUCCAAACACACGUUGAUAAUUGAUAAUCAUAUUAUCAACAUAUGUUGACAGCCAAUCAAAUAAAAUAGUAGAAAAAAAUUUUAUAAGAUGAAAAAAAGAAGACUUACAGCUGCCUAACACAUUUCCCCUUUCUUUUGUAUCUCUAGCAGCAAAAUAACUUGGGCCCUCAUUGGACCAAUAUUCACGAAUAUUCACGGACCAAUAUUCAUUCAAAGGGCCGUUAUUUUUCAGAUUUUGGCCUUAUAUAGAAUUGUCUUAUUCACCCGAUAUUUUACAGCCACUUUAAAACCCAUAUCGGCCCCAGGGC